AUGAAUUCAAACACACCUACUGUGAAGCCGGGUCAGUGUCCCAUACCGGAGAUGAUUCCACUGUGUGCUAAAAGCUGUUUCCAUGAUGGCCAGUGUCCUGCCAUGCAGAAAUGUUGCCCAACCACCGGUGGCUUUGCAUGCAGUGAACCACGCGGACAGGGUCAGGGAAGCGGAGCUGGUCAGGGAGCCGGACAGGGUCAGGGAAGCGGAGCUGGUCAGGGAGCCGGUCAGGGAAGCGGAGCUGGACAGGGAAGUGGAGCUGGUCAGGGAGCCGGACAGGGUCAGGGAAGCGGAGCUGGUCAGGGCUCAGGACAGGGAAGUGGAGCUGGUCAGGGCUCGGGUCAGGGAAGCGGAGCUGGUCAGGGCUCGGGUCAGGGAAGCGGAGCUGGUCAGGGUUCAGGACAGGGAAGCGGAGCUGGUCAAGGCGUAGGACAGGGCAGCGGCUAUGGACAGGGCAGCGGCUAUGGACAGGGCAGCGGCGCUGGACAGGGCAGCGGCUAUGGACAGGGCAGCGGCUAUGGACAGGGCAGCGGCUAUGGACAGGGCAGCGGCUAUGGACAGGGCAGCGGCGCCGGUCAGGGCAGCGGCGCCGGUCAGGGAAGCGGCGCCGGUCAGGGCUCGGGUCAGGCAAGCGGAGCAGGUCAGGGCUCGGGUCAGGGAAGCGGAGCUGGUCAGGGCUCGGGUCAGGGAACUGGUCAGGGCAGCGGCUAUGGACAGGGUGCAGGACAGGGCAGCGGCUAUGGACAGGGAAGCGGAGCUGGACAGGGUAGCGGCUAUGGACAGGGAACUGGACAGGGUGCUGGACAGGGCAGCGGAGCUGGACAGGGUAGCGGCUAUGGACAGGGUGCUGGACAGGGUAGCGGCUAUGGACAGGGAAGCGGCUAUGGACUGGGUGCUGGACAGGGCAGCGGCUAUGGACAGGGCAGCGGAGCUGGACAGGGUGCUGGACAGGGCAGCGGCUAUGGACAGGGCAGCGGAGCUGGACAGGGUGCUGGACAGGGCAGCGGCUAUGGACAGGGCAGCGGAGCUGGACAGGGUAGCGGCUAUGGACAGGGUGCUGGACAGGGU